AUGCUGCUGUCUUCUAUAUUCCUCUUGGCCGGCUCUGCUUGUGCUGCUGCUUGGUCGACGCUGACCGUCCCACAUACAAAUGGUGCCGAUGACAGUCCUGGGUUGUUGGCUGUACUAGAAAAUUAUACUGCAAACUCGACAAUCUUGUUUGAGAAGGACGUCACUUACAAUAUAUUUUCACCGAUCAAGUUCCCGACUUUGACGAAUGUCGAGGUUAGCAUCCAAGGUAACCUCACAUAUCCGACGAAUGUUUCUGCUAUACAGGGUGCUGUAGCAUCAUCGAACUACCCUGGUUCAUGGAUCACGUUCUCCGGAGGAACGAACGUCACUCUUCGUGGUUCACAGGACGAUGAAUGGGGUUGGAUUGAUGGACACGGGCAGCAGUGGUGGGAUGCUAUGAAUCAAGAUAACCGACCCCACGGGAUUGCGUUCAGCAAAAUAUCAGGGGGUGUCAUCAGAGACGUGAAGAUUUGGAAGCCAGUUGCUUGGAAUUUUGCGACCAGCGGAUCUAGCGAUCUGCAUGUGUUCAACAACACGAUUCUGGCAAUUUCAGACAAUUCAGCUUUCCCGUUUAACACUGAUGGAUUCUCGGCAGGAGGAACAAACUUGUUGUUUGAAUCGAACUAUAUUGUCAAUGGCGACGACUGCCUGACAGUAGGUAGCGGGGCAAAGAAUAUUAUUUUCAGGAAUACACACUGUGAAAAUGGGCAUGGUCUGUCUAUCGGAUCUUUGGGAAAGGAUGGCGCUGUUGCUGACGUUGAGAAUGUUUUGAUCGAGAAUAACUUUAUGAAAAAUUCGCUCUACGGAGCUCGAUUCAAAAGCUGGACCGGAGGGAACGGCCUUGCUAGAAACAUAACUUGGCGAAAUAUCGCAUUUGAACAAGUCCGCUUCCCGAUCUAUGUGACUCAGAAUUACUGGGACCAAGGCCUUGGCCCGGCACCAAAUACUUCGUCCACCAAUAAUACACACAUUGAAGACUUCCUGUUCCAGAAUUUCGUUGGAACGAUUGAUGACCGAGCAAAUUACACGGAGGGAUCGUGCAUCUCUGACCCAUGCUGGUAUGCCGUGGCGAAUGCUACUGGAAAAGAGGUCAUAAUCUUCGAUCUGUACCCCAACACCGCGACAAGUAUAGUCGCGAAGGACAUAUUCGCGAAGACUGAGACUGGUGCUCCUGUUGCGGUAAUGUGUAAUCCCGAUACGGUUACGAAUGAUGUCGGUUUUGUCUGUCAGGAUGGAGAAUUUAUGCGUACAGCUGCGGGCUGAGUGCCCUACAAGUACCUUUAGCAAUGGCUUGUAACUCAUCCUUGCAUAUGCUUCCGAAGACUGCAGCUAGCUCGAAGUUUGUCUAUCUACGGAUUAGAAUGAAUGAUGUACUCCUACUAGCCCUGCGCUUGCAGUGAUAUUUACGGUUUCAUAUGCUUGCAAAGGUGAAGGUCAGCCUAGAGCUUCGAGGACGUGAUGAACUGAUGCCGUGCGACUCCCGGUUCC